GUAACCCGUAGUUUCAAAACAGAGUUAUCUAACAUUUUAACAUUUAAUUCAACUUUAACCAUGGUUUUUAACUAGUUUUAUCAAAGACAUUUUUAGCUUAUUAAAAUUUGUUGUGGUUCGCUAAGCCAUUCGUCCCUUUGCACCCACCGUAGUUCUUCUUACGUCAUCAACAUGAGACGUGGCAAUGUUUUCACUUGACGUUUUCUUUUUCUGUGAGAAUGUCCAUGGACAUUACGUUUCUCGGCACCGGUUCGGCGUAUCCGUCUCCUCACCGCGGAGCCUCGGCUCUGGUUCUGCGGACUGACGGAGACUGCUGGUUGUUUGACUGCGGAGAGGGAACCCAGACCCAGCUGAUGAAGAGCCAGCUCCGAGCCGGCCGCAUCACCAAGGUUUUCAUCUCCCACUUGCAUGGAGAUCACUUGUUCGGUUUGCCAGGUCUCCUUUGCACUGUGAGUCUCAACACUAACGCGGACCCCCAGCAGAACCAAGCCUGCGUGGACAUCUAUGGGCCCGUGGGCCUCCGGAAGUUUCUCAGAGUGACACUUGGGCUCACAGGAUCACAGCUGCUCUUCCCAUAUGCAGUUCAUGAGCUGGAGCCCACAUUGGACCAGAGUCCUGAAGAGGGACAGCUCAGCAUGGAGAUGAUAGCCGAUGAUGGGCCUCUCCAUCCUCAGGAGCAGCCAGGCAGGACCAUCUGUUUGGACGUUUCCACUGACUCCUAUCUGCUUUUUGAAAAUAAGAAGGUUGUUGCCAAAGCCUUCAGGUUGUUUCACCGCAUCCCUUCCUUUGGAUUUUGCAUUCAGGAGCACGAUCGACCUGGAAGACUGAAAACAGAGCUACUGAAAGAACUUGGCCUAAAACCUGGACCUCUUUAUGGACGUCUCAAAGCUGGCGAGUCUAUAAUCCUUGAAAGUGGGCGUUUGGUUCAUCCUAGUGAGGUGUUGGAAGAGACUAUUCCAGGGAGGAAAGUCUGUGUUUUUGGGGACUGCAGCUCAGUGCUUGGAGAUGGACCGCUGCGGUUGUGCAGCGGGGCGGAUGUUCUGGUUCACGAGGCCACACUGGGGAACGAGCACAGAGAGAAAGCGGUGGAUCACGGACACAGCACACCUGAGAUGGCGGCAGCCGUGGCUCGGGCUUGCUGUGCACGAAAGCUGGUUCUGUACCACUUUAGUCAGCGGUACAAACCCAGCUCCUCACAGAAGGAUGGAGAUGACGACAAUGUGUUGGAGCUGAAGAGGCAGGCUGAAGACGUUCUGCAGGAUAGCAGCGUGGAGGUGAUUCUGGCUGAAGAUUUCAUGAAUUUACCCAUCCUUCUCAGAAGAUAAUAUUAGUGGAUGGUCCGUUGGACUUGUUUUAAAACCUCAUGUUAUUCAUCAUCUUGAGAUGUAAUCAGGCAUCAACUCCUUAAAAUAGAUUCUGGAAAUAAACAAAAACUGAAGAAACUCAAAGUAAAAAUAGGAUUAUGAGCUGAAACAGAGUUUGAACUAAAAUGUGCUGGACACCGGCUCUCCAGGACCAGGAUGGAGAACCACUGUUCCACAUAAAUAAAAACCCAAAGGAACCAUCAUGCACUCAUCUCAGAACCUUUUCCAGAGUUUUAUUUCUGGAUCUGUACACAAGGUAUUAAAGUACAACAGAAAAUACAAAAUAAUGUUUAACAGAAGAAAAAGAAAACAGCAAUGUUUAUGUACAAUUCAUAUAAACAAUAAAGAUAGCUUCUGAAACAUUUCUCAUAAUGAAGUUUGAUUGUCUAUAUUUCUGGAUAUACAUUUAAGUUUUGUAGGUUUUUAUUCACAAAGGUGUUUUGUUUUUCAAAUGACUCGAGUUUUCUUUUUCAGAACCACGACUGCUAUAAGUUUUUAAACUUCUAAACACAAUACAAAAUAUAAAAUAAAAUUUGUUUAGUGCUUUCCUGCACACACAAGUCUCAUACCAGAGAUAUCAAUUAAAUAUCACAUUUGAGUUCACAGGGUGGCGAGAACCUACUUGUACUACUUAAUGGCCUUUACAUUCUGACAGGGUUUCUUAAUCUUUGUACAAACCACAGGUGAAAUAAAUAUCACUGCACUGCUAAAGCUUAGAAGAGCUCAGAGGACCUACUGCAUUAUGCACAUUGCAUUAAAAGAGAAACUAGCUCUCCACACACUCAGAGCGGCAGCCUUCCCUUUACCACCAAGACAAAUAUAGACAACAUGUAAAACGAGAUUUCUUUUUUUCCCCGAGGAAAGAAAGACGGCCGUCUUUUACAACAUGGCGGCAAGCCUCGAAUGCAAAAAAAAAUAAAAUAAAAAGACAUUGCAACAGUGAGUUAAUAAUACGUGUUCAGGUAAAGCGGUUUUCAGUGGCACACUUGAGACGGGCACAGCUGGCAUGCGUGGUUUCAGCUCGUGUCACGUGUUUGGGUAUCGCAACUAACCGAAAACUAAAUGAAACUGAAACAUUUGAGUGGAAUGGGAAAACGCAAAAUCCCCAAGUGUCUGUACAUAUCUACAAAUCAUUAACUUUCUGCCAAAGAAUCAAAUGAAAACCUUUGUAUCGACACCAAUUCACAAGUGUAAGAGGUCAGGUGAUAGACUUUUUAAAGGCUAUUUGCUAAUUAUUUACAUGAAAUGCAGAAGUUACGUUGCCUCUCUGAUGCUGGCCGUGUAAACCCAGAUGAUGCACACAGGUAAAGGACUACGCCUAUGGACACGGCAAACAUGACGUACCCCCUGAAACCAAUUAAAUACUCAAAGCACAAUGCAUAGAUAAUUGAAGUAAACACUACUACCGCAUCCAAUAAACCCACACUGACCUGCUCGACACUUCUCCGUCACCAGAAUUCAGUCUUUUCUGCUACUCAAGAAACUGGAGACCAGAUUUCUAAAAGGCAUCUUCCGUCAGUACAGGCCAAGCAGAGAAUUAUUCAAAAAAAAAAAACAUAAGAGAGGCUUUAAAUAAAUAUACUACUAGGAA